ACAACAACAGUACAUUUGAAAAAAAAAGUUCAGCAUACGAAUAGUAGAAACCGUGCGCUAUUCGAAAAUAAAACAUCGAAAACCACGAUAAAGACGCUUAACUCCGAUUUAGUUUUCGUGCUGUUUUUUUUUUAUAUAUAACUUUUUGUUUGGAUGGUGCAGCGAUUACGACGCACAGAUUUUUAUUUGUUUUUUCCUUUUUUCUCCAUUCUCUAUGCAUCACCGUUGUGUAAAUGUAAUAGUUUUAUCAAUAAAUUCCUGGUGAAUUGACGCAUUAACAAAGGCGCGUAAUGAUUUUCACACAGUGAAAAAUAUAAAAUGGUAGAGAAAUUAUUUAGUGGAAUGAAAAUUUGUCAUUUAAUUGCCGAUUGGUGUGACUAGAUUGAUCUCAACGUGUUUGGUGUAACUUUUGUGCUACUGUCCUUUGCUUGUAUUUAAUUCCAAACGACGAUAAAAUAAACAGCGAAACGGACGGAUUCGACGCUCGAGCCCAUGUUUCCUUGGUGAUUUUUGUGAUACUCAGAAAGUGACCAUCGUUCCGAUGCAGCUUUUUAAAACCAAAAUACGUCACACAUUUUUUUAGUUAAAAUUCGCAUUUGAAGAAGGAAGAAAAAUUCCACCUAAGUAUAGUGUUUAGUGCUAUUAGAAUCGGAAAGUGAAUUUAGGUGGCAUCAAUUCGACCAUAGCAUUCGAAAUAACAGCGACAGCAACGACGUAAAUAAAAUGAUUACUGUAAUUCUAUCCCGUUUUAUUAUAUUGAUUUUCGGUACACUUUAUCCGGCCUACGCUUCAUAUAAGGCGGUCCGACACAAAGAUGUCAAGGAAUAUCUCAAAUGGAUUAUGUACUGGAUUGUUUUCGCAUUUUUUACAUGCUGUGAAACUUUCACCGACGUAUUUUUAUCGUGGUUCCCAUUUUACUAUGAGCUAAAAGUGGCAAUCGUUAUUUGGCUGUUGUCACCGAUUACGGAAGGCAGUUCAGUGCUCUAUCGAAACUUCGUUCAUCCGAUGUUGACCAAACGGGAGAAGGAAAUCGAUGAAUACAUAAACCAAGCCAAAGAGAAGGGCUGUAGUGCUGUUAUUCAGUUGGGCUCGAAGGGGGUGAACUACGCAACAAGUGUGAUAAUGCAGACUGCUUUGAAGGUGAGUGAGGGUGGUGGAAAUUUGGUAUCAACAUUGAGAAAAAGCUACAGCUUAAGUGAUCUAUCCGAACCCGACUUGCAGCGAUCGCAUGAUGAAGUCGACGAGAUAUUGUAUGGCCAGGCAAAACAAAUGAUUCAAUAUCGACGCAUACAACCAAAUCAACGAUACAUGAGGGCUAAUAUUCAAAACCAACAUGUGAACGGAAUCAACAGAUCAUCGUCUACUAGCCGAACGGUUGACGUGUAUUAUGAUGACAUGAUGUCCAGAAGCUCUGACAACUAUGACUACAUUAGGUCGUCAGAAGACGUAAGCUCCGGCUAUUCCAGUACAGAACCCGUUUCGAUGGCGUUGAGUCGAACAUCAUCGUUAACAAAUCCAACGAGACUCCGGCCGAAAACCAAACGUACUGAGCCGAGACAGGCAAAUGGCGGAACUUAUAAAUUCAAUGGCAGUCGAAUCAUGGAGGUUAAUGAUGAAAGCGAGGCUACCUUGGCGACGAUCGGUGACAUCAGUAAUUUAGAUAUGAAAUACGAAUUGUUUCGUAAGUGGCUUCGUCAGAAUGACCAAAAUGCGAUGUUACCCGAUGAUCGAGAAGUGAAUUCUAGCACAUUAUUGACUGAGGAUGAGGUUAGUAGCUUUGCUACGAACAGUGACGAUAGCGGCAGCGACGUUUUCCUCGACACUGAAUCAAAUUUCCCAUCGAUUGUUAUUAUGGGCAGUGAAAAUAACGAACAAGUGUCAAUUAAUGCAGAUGGUAUCGAUUCGAUGUUGGGGGAGUUUAGAGUCGAUACACCAAGUCAGUUGAGUGUUAGUGACUUCGAUUGUAGUUCAAGCGAUAUUACGGUGAACAGUAAGCUAAGUGGUUCAUCAAGUCAAAUUGCCAAGCGUAAAGCGAAACACAAGAAAGGCAAAGCGCCUCCAAUACCAACCAACCAUUGCUUCGAAAAGUAAAAAUAAUUCGGAAGAAAAUAGCACAAAAGCAUCGUCCAACACUAGAUCAUCCCAUGAAACAGAUAUUUAACCAUAAAAAAAAUCAAAUCGUAAGAGGAUCGACCGAGUGUGUUAGAAUAGCUAUGCUUUGGAUGGCGUUCAUUAAAAUCAUGAUAUCUAGCAUUUCUUUUAAAUGGCCUUUUGAACUUCUGAUUUCUGUAAUAAUAAUAAUUUUGAAAAAAACUUUCUGAAGUUCUGAUUGUGGCGCUAUUUUUGACAUCUGUUCAUUUAUUUCGUUCAUUUUCGUAGGCAUCGCAAGUUGAAAAUAAUUGUCGCGAAAUCUCCUUGCUCAAAUCACUCAAAAUAUUACAUCCAUCAGCUUCAGCAGUAUCACCAUGAUGAACCAUAUCGAUUUAGACAUACGCAAAUUUUCGACUUCAAAAAUAGUUAUUUUAUCACAUAGCUUUGCUCGAACGAAAUUUUAUUAACACCUCAUUCAACACAUAAGCCUAACCCUCAUUCGUAUUCAUUGGUUCGAUGUGGUAAGUGAGAGAAGAACCAUUGAACUGUUUUAAAUUGAUGAAAGUUGCAUUGUACUAUCCCUGCAUUUGGUUUUCCUAAUCAAAAAAGAGUUUGUAAUGCUUGAGUUCAUUUGAUUUUAAACCGUUCCUUUUCUCCAUAUGCUUGCUAUUAGUUCUUCCUUUCAGAACAGACCUUGUCUUGCUUGUUGAAUGAAACGAUAAGAAGGAAAUGAAGCACUUUUCCCCGAAUCCAUAUACUUUUCACUAAUAUGUUUGAAUUUUGAAUUGGUUUACAUUGACAAUAUGUUUGAAGUGUCUCUAAUUUGCCCUCACGCUUGUACAUAUCAUUCGUUAUCUAAUCAAAUAUUUUCUACUUCAUUCACAGGAAAAAGUUCUGUCAUCGUCUACUACUUACUCAACCAUACCACGCACAAGAAAAUCCGAACGAGAUCGAACAGUAAAAAACCGUCUGCGAACCAUCGACAAAUAAAUUUAGAAUGUUUAAGAAAAGUUCACUUGAUUAGAAAAUUGAUAAGGCAAUGAAAAUGUGUAAAACAUUUACCUGCAUCAAGCCAACUGUUUUGAAAAAGAGGAUAUAUUUUACUCACCGAUAGAAAAGCAUGCUACAGAAAUACCUGCGAGGAAAUAGUAUCGCUUCGAAAAUCGUAGAAAAAAACAUAUUUUUGUUCCGAUAAAGCGCUCAAAACAAUACCAAAUGAGAAAAACAUGAUCUGACAAAUCUAAAUACAUAUUGGAGCUCUCUGAAAAUUAGUAGAUAAGCAACUAUGCAAGUUAUUUCGGAAUGAAAUUUUCAAUUAUAAUAAUCUUAUGCUAUAAAAUCUGUAAUCAUGAUUCGCACAUCACUAAAACCACGUGUGAAAAAGCCUAAAAACUUGUUACCAUUUACUGAGUAUUGCGAUGAAAAAAACGACAAUUCAAUACAUUUAUUUCUAGAUUUAUUCCCAGAACUGACUUAAGUCGACCCAAUCGACACAUUGUUGUUAUUAGGAAAAGAGUAAUUAUUAUUUAAUUUAAAUCAAUUUUCCCUAAGUAUUUAGAUUAAAUAAAAAAUGGCUUGGAAAAAUAAGUAUGAAAACGUAUUUGAAAAACAUUGUGUUUUAAGCUUAAGUUUAAACCCGUUUGCUAUGAAAAAAAAAUUGAUUUGAUAUUAAAAUAAAUGAUGAUUGAAAGUUUAAA